AUGUCCGUGUCGACAGGCUCCCAACCCACUGUGCCCAAAAUUCAAAUCAAUUAUAUCGAACUGUCAAAUAUCAAACAUCUCGAAUCUGCGGAGCUGCAGAUUAGUGGUCAUCGACACAUUUUGCAUAGGAAGGACAAAACUCUCCGAGCCGAGUUCAUAGACCUAACUUUACAUGAGCAAUGUUGCUUGCGAAUUUCCUAUAAAAAGCAAUUCAUUGGACUCAGGAAGAAAAGGUCAGACGAAUAUGUUACUCUGAACCUUCGUGAAAUUCUGUCGGCCGCGAAUGAGAAAGAGUUUGUUCAGAUACAUAACAAGACGCGAAUUGUUCUCGGCAUCACGAUACACGGUCAAACGGAUAGUCGAGGGGGCGUGCUGCCAACGGGAAACGAGCAACUUCAACCUACUACUGGAGAGAUUCUGGAAAGGUGUCCUCGUUUCCGCAUUCUGGUGAUCGGAAAGACUGGCGUGGGCAAAUCUUCCUUAAUCCAGCACGCAUUCGGCGUCGAAGGAGAUCUUGUUUCGCAUGAUCGUCCAGGCGACGCCCACAUAGAUGAGGCAUUCAUCUCGCCGCGGAAUGAACGAUUCGUUCUACACGAUAGCAAGGGUUUCGAGCCUGGUGAAGGGGGUAAUUUGUCGACGGUGAAAGAGUUCAUUCAAAGACGGAGGCAGAUGCGAGAUUUGAAAGAUCAACUGCAUGCCGUUUGGCUUUGUUUUGAGAUACCUUGGGCCGAUGGGCGGUUACUGGAGGCAGGCGUAGAAGAAUUUCUUAGGUCCAAAAAUGACAUCCUAAGAGACAUCCCCCUUGUCCUUCUUUUCACUAAAUACGACAUGCUUGUCGAGCGUGUCUGUGACGACAUGGAGAAGGAACAUGAUUCCAAGGUGAUGGACGAUAGCGAUGUCAAGCUUCAAGUGGAAUCCAAAUUGGACGCUCUUUGCAUCAAGCCGAUUGAGGAGCUGACAGGACGCAGAGAUAUUCCCUAUAUUCCGGUUUCCAAUGAGGAAGGCUACGAGAAUUCGCUCGUGAAAUUGGUCGAGCUCACAUACAAACAUGUUUCCAAGCAUGUUGCAGAGGAGGCAUCGGUUGUAACUGCAAUGGCUCAAAGGGUGGAUCCCAAGAGUAAAAUAGUCGAAUCCAUUGCAGUUGGCAAGAAACGCUAUUGGAAGGCCUUGGCGGCAAGUCCAAACUUCGAAGGCCACACAAUGUGGGAUUGUUUUCAUGUAAUCCACACCGACAUCGUUACUAUUUGGAACUUUCAUGAUACCUCUGGCCAUCUUAAGAGCAAUGAGUUUAGAGCGCUAAUAGUAAACAUGGUUGGAGACGUGCAAACUCGCACUAUAACAAAUCCAGUCAAGAUCCUCAUGGGCGGAGGUUCAUUCAUUGUAGCUAUUGCUGCUGCAGUCGGUGCCCUUGCCGGACCUGCAGCCCCGAUUGUUGUACCGAUUGCUGCGUGUGCAGUGGUUGCUGUGUGGGCUUACGAAGUAUACGAACAAUCGCGAGUGGUUCAGCAGAGGUUCAUGGCGUAUAUUGUGGAUCUGACGCAUGUCAUGGAGAUCCUCUUAAUAAUCCUCGCUGGGAAUAACCACAGCCCGCUCACUCGUCGGGCCAUUAAGUUGGCAUUCAAUUCUUACUACAACUCCCCUAUAAGAGCAAAAGUUCAUGAUAAGAUCCAGAAUUAUCGAGGCAGUGGGAUUUCGCGCGGCCGGGAUGCGAUUCUGGAGAUGAUCGAGUCCAUGAUGAAGCCCAUUCCAAAUGACACCACAAAUUUGUUUCAAAAUAGAACUCUGGAUGUGAAUUUAGACCAGGACGAAGACUGGUAG